AUGCGUCUGACAUACAUUGCGGCGGUCGCUCUGGCUGCUGUGUUCGCUUCCAGCGCCGCAGUUUCGACGGCUGGUGACCCGCAACCUGCUCCCGAGUCCGACGUGUCUUUCGUGAAUCGCGUGACGGACGGCGCUCGCCACACAGCAGACACAAAGCGGUUGUUAAGGGCUCGAGCGGAAGACGACUCGGCACCGAUGAAAGCGAGAGAGGCGGCGGGAAACAACAACGUGGGGGCUGCAAACAAUAUGGUAAAGCCGAUGCCCAGUGGGUCGAAUAGAAACUCAAUGCUGCCGCAGGUCAAUGGCGGCGUCAUGACUGCUAAGGAUAAGUUGCGCACGGAAUGGGCACUUUUUGGUCCGAGACUCGGUGCAGUCGCAGACGAUCUAAUGGCCAAAGCUAAGCCGUUGCUGGCGAAAUUGGACGGCCGGCCACUGGCGUUAAAUUUCAAGAACGCGGUCCUGAGGUACAUCAACGGCAUCCGAAACAUGAAGUUCAGCGACUACGCGAAAUGGAUGGGGGUGGGCAAGCCGACGUAG